AUGUCAUACCUGUUUCCGAAAAGAUUCCUUGACCUUGCAGGCGAUUUGAAAAAGCUGUUUUAUAAGCCGGAGCCGGAGACAGUCGUCCCAGGCCAGAUCAUCACCAUCAACAAGUUUUUCUCUCCCGAGUUGUGUCAAGAGCUUAUCUCAUCUUUCGAGAAGGGUAUUAAUUUAGAGACCACACCAUUGAGAAAACUGAAAGAGUACGCUGUCCGUGUCAAUGAUAGAUGGUCCACUACUGACUACGAGUCAUCGCAAAAGCUUUGGCAGUACUUGAAACAGCUUUUGAUUCAAGAGAAUGAGUAUGGCUAUGAAGACCCAGAAACCGCCGCCAUCAAACGCGACUUUGAACAGGCUAUAGGGCUCAAUCCUCAGCUCAGAGUAUACCGGUAUCGCAAGGGGCAUCAUUUCGGACAACACUACGAUGAGUCUGUAUCUUGCGCUAUGGAUGCUAAAGGUAAAAGUAAAGGUCAAACGCAUUGGACCUUGCUCAUUUACUUGACAGGAGACGAAGAAUUUGUUGGCGGAGGAACUAUUUUCUACCCUGAUAUUAGAGGGAUUGAACCUUUGAAUAUUCAUCCGACGAAAGGCAUGGCAUUAUUACAUAAACAUGGUGACGAUUGUCUCCGUCAUGAAGGGGAACUCGUCAAAGACGGAGUCAAAUGGGUGUUACGGAGUGACGUCGUCUUUCCCAGGUGA